UAAUCAGCCUGAUCUCAGGCAGCUACACAGGAGCCGAAGCAGCUCCAGGCUAGGCCAGGGCUGUGUGGAGAGAGGAGAGCGUUCUUCCGAGAUAAUGAUUAAACUGAGCAGCACUUGGCAAGGGCACCCGCUGCUAAACUAAGGAGGUGAGCCCCAUUCACACCUCAGCCAGGCUGUGGAGCCCGGAGCUAGUUCAUGGAGGCUGAGCUCAGAGGCCCAGGGGCCCCCAGCCAGCCCCUGUAGCCUUCUGCGCUUGUGCGGAGCAUCCAGAGCAUCUCAGAUACAGGGGAAUCUUUGCAGCCUGCUCUUCUGGGACUCUGUUCACACCCCCUGGCACCAUGAAGCUCCAAGUAUUCUGGACUGGACUGGAGUAUACCUGCCGGCUAUUGGGCAUCACCACGGCUGCAGUACUGAUUGGAGUGGGCACUGAGACCUUCCUCCGGGGGCGGUUCAAAAGCCUGGCCUUCUAUCUGCUGUUUACAGGAGUCACCAUCUCUGUGUGUGAAGGGACCUACUUUGUGGCUCAACUGUUGGCCAUCUGCUUCAAGUGUCAGCCGGGGUCUCUGGCACACAGAGCAAAGGAGAAGGCCCACUGGCUGGGCUGCUUCCAGAAGUUCCUCGCCUACAUGCUGCUGUCAGUGGCCUGUUUCCUCCACCCUGUUCUGGUCUGGCAUGUGACCAUACCAGGCUCCAUGCUAAUCAUCACUGGCCUGGCCUACUUCCUGCUGAGCAAACGGAAGAAAAAAAAGGCUGCCCCAGAGGUGAUGCCCCCCACGGAGCAGUACAGGGACCCUUCCAGCAGCAUUGUGAGUACCACAGGCUCUGGGGACACUGAGCAAACCUAUACUUUCCAUGAGGCCUUCAAGGAGGGGCCCAGCUCAUUCCUCAUCCACAUGAAGAGCAUCCUGAAGGGGACCAAGAAGCCACGUGUCCUGCAGGCCCAAGAUACCCUAAUGGAACUGGCUCUAGAGCCAGCUGACUCCUUGGCCAAGAAAAAGCAGGUACACUUUGAAGACAAUGUGGUCAGAAUCAUCCCAUCGCUCACUGAAGGUCUAGGUGAUAGUGACAGUGGGCCAGAGGAAACCAGUUCUGACACAACCCCCAUCAUCCCUCCCUCCCAGACCCCACUCUUUCUGCCUUCUCUCAUGGCCACUGACCUGUUCUGAGCUUCUCAGCUAGAGGUCUACAGAUGGACGGACCUGCCAGAAGAUUCCUAAUAGUCACAGUUCCUACAGGGAACUCAGGGUCUCUGUUGGUCAGCUACUCACAUCCUCGUGGUGUCUGGGCACUCAGAACAAUGACAUAGUGUACCAAGUGUACCAAGACUGUGGUGACCUCCAGCAAGGCACAAAUGAAGCUUUGCCAUGUGGCAUCAACACAGGCUCCUUCUUGGCAAGGGGUAGUGAAAGAGACCAUGGCUUCAUUCUCCACGAGGCUGCUGACCCAACUUUCUAAGCCCUAAAGGAACAGAAAACAUGAGUUCACCCCUGCACCCAACAAAGGGUUCAGCCUUCAGUAAGAACUCUAUGGGACGUUUUGCUUGUGAUUAAGCCUACUGGUGCCAAAGGCCAAGGGCUAUACUGGCAGCAUAAUCGAGAUUGCUCAGAGGACAUAUGAGAAAGGAAGACUUGGCUCUCAGUUGAGAACAGCCUGGCAGUGGGCUACAUUCUCAGCAUACUCUGGGACCGGGCUGGGCAGCAGGCAUUUCAGAAUCUCCCAGGAAAACAAUAGCUCUCUGUGCUCCCUGCCAGACAAGCUGACCAGAAGAGCAUCUCUCAUUCCUGAAGGCUAGCUCAGAGCUUCCUGCCCUCCCCUCAUCUAACCCCCAUCCAACUGUGUGGGCAACGUUCAGAGUCCAAGUAGACGGUGUAGAUGGUUCACUAUAAGAGAGUCUGAGAGCCUGUGGGCAUCUGUAGCAGAAAUGGCUAGGACAUCGCAUGGAAUAGUCAUUGUAGUUCAGGUUCCAAGGGACUGUCCCCAGAGAGCCACAUGGCACAGGAAGUACCUCUGCCAUGCUUAGAUACCUGGGAGAAGAACCUCUGAUAAGGAGAUGAUCACUCAAAAUAGACAGGAGGGGAGAAAGCAGAGGGAAGGGGAGAGGGUUGUGGGCAGCCAGGCAUGGCUGCAUCCUGGAGUUACAGAGGUGGCAGUGAAUUUGAUUUAGAUAUUUCUCAGAGAAAAGAUUAGCAAGACACUUUGUAAUUCUAAAUAGUAUGUUUAGUCCACAGGAUUACUGCCAGGAAAAAGAGACAUGUUAUUCUUCAUAGCUAACACCCAGCAUGUGAGCAACAAUGAAUUGAGAGUCCUAUAUCUUGUGUCUGAGGAGGGGACCUGUUUCAGGGCCCUCUGAUGGGUAAGCCUCAUAGCAUUUAUAGUCUAGAUAAAGAACGUGUUUAUUGUAUAAUGAUCAGUGCCUAUGAGAUUUUUUUGUUUUUGUUUUGCUUGGUUUGGUUUUGGAAACACGUAGACAUGAGGCAACCUAGAAGUCAGUAUUAGCCUGGUACUUAGCACAGCCAGCAACCCAGAUGGACAGAACAUGUUUUGCAAUAGAGAAUGUGUUUGCUAAGACUGUGAGGAGUGAAGGCAGGAAGCAAGCCAGGGGGCCUGGAGUAAGUAGGCAUGGCCUACUCAACUCAUCCAAAGAUCUACGUCUGAUGGAUGACCACGGGGGUAUUUAAACUGUUUCUUUGACUUUUCCAAUGGAGGAUGUUGGAUAGUGCAGUCAGGGGAAAAUAAAAUAUAUGGAAUAUAGGGGAAUGUCCCCAUUACUAUGGGGACCUGACAGUGAGGAAGAACAAGAGAGCACCACCAUGACACUGAAUUUGUGUAAGGCAAGGCCAGUGCAGACCCAGGAGGUGACUCUUAACUCCAGAUUGCAAGGCUGGAACUCAGGGAGCAGAGCUUGCAGCCUGACUGAGGCCAAGGGCCAGAGGGAAGAAAUCCCUUAACCAAGAGGAGCCAGGUACUCUCUCUGAGUCUCUGUAUUCAUUACUUUCUGACACUGAGAUAAAAUACCAUGGACAAAAGCCACUUAAGGAAGAGACAGUGUAUGUGGCUGACAGUUCCAGAGAGCUAGAGUCCGUGAUAACAGAGACGACCUGGCAUGCAGCCGGAGAUAGAAGCCAGCCGGUCACAUUUCAUCCACACACGGGAAAUGAGGGAGAAUGGGGAGGGCAAUGUGACAUGAGGCUGUGAACCCUCAAAGCCCACCCCCACGGAUGCACUUCCUCCAGCAAGGCUGCACCCCGUAAAGCUCCCAUAACUUCCCCAAACAGUGUCACUAACUGGAUGAGUGACUGACAUUUUUCACCCAAACCACUGCAGUCUCUCAUCAGCUUGUACAGUGCUAGAAAUCGGUGGCUCCUGGU